CGAUGCACGAAAAAAUUAUCACUUAAUCGCGAUUAAAUGACCAUUUUUUCCCGAAUCGCGAUUGAGCGUCGAUUUUUUCAACCAUCGCGAUUAAUCGACAAAAAUGAAGCGAUUUUCAGCACAUGGGAAGAAUUCAUUGAUGUUUUUCCAUUCUUCAUUUUUGAUCGUUUAGAAUUUGGCCAACGCUGGUGCAAAAUCGGCUUCAUCCUCAAAGGAAGCAGCUGAAAAUGCUGAUGUUAUAGUUAGUUGUUUAUUUACCGAAAAAGCAGUGUUUGAAGCAAUGCUUGGUCGUCCUGAUAUCGCUGCUAGUGGAAAACUUCGAACAUUCUUGUGUGGUCCAGAAUCAGCUGUGGAACGUUGGCGAUCUGUUGUUCAAUGCUAUACAUUGAAAGGUGGAAUUCUAGAAGUUGGUGAAGACUGUACACAUGCGAACGUAUUGAAACUAUCGGCUAAUUACGCUCUUGUAACAUGUAUUAGUUUUUGGGCCAACUCCCACAGUGAAAAUCUUCGAAUACGGAAUUAUAAAAAUGAAGAUGUUUUUGCAUUACGUGGUGGCUUGAAAGAUAUAAAUAUGAUGAUAUCGGCAGGCGAGGAAGUUGGUGUACUAUUACCGUACGCGAAUGCCAUUCAUAAUCAUAUAAUCACAGAUUUAGCUCAUGGACAUGAAAACAAAGAUUGGGCAGUACGUGCUGAAUCAGCCAGAUUAGCCUCUGGAAUUAAAGAAGAAAAAACAGUGAAUGAAAAAGAGAUGUGA